AUGUCUUCCGAAGUCCUGAUCUUUCUGUCAGAGAACAGUACAGAUGAGCCAGGGUCCGGUGAUGUGGGGGACUACCAAGAGGUGUGUUUGGAGCAAAACAAUGCUGAUUUCAACCGGAUUUUCUUGCCAACAAUUUUCUCCAUCGUUUUCGUGAUGGGAAUCAUUGGCAAUGGCUUGGUCAUUGUCGUCAUGGGCUACCAGAAGAAGCUCAGGAGCAUGACCGACAAAUACAGGCUACAUCUCUCCGUGGCUGACCUUCUCUUUGUCAUCACUUUGCCCUUCUGGUCUGUGGAUGCUGUCAUCGGCUGGUACUUUGGGAACGCCUUGUGCAAAGUGGUCCAUAUCAUCUACACCGUCAACCUCUAUAGCAGCGUCUUGAUCUUGGCCUUUAUAAGCUUAGACCGCUACCUGGCGAUUGUGCAUGCUACCAACAGCCAGAGACCUAGGAAGUUGUUGGCGGAGAGAAUUAUCUACGUAGGGGUUUGGCUACCAGCUGUGCUGUUGACUGUGCCUGAUAUGAUCUUUGCAACAACGAGUGAGGAUGGCGGGAAAUUCGCGUGCCAGCGAUUUUACCCUCAUAAUGACUGGCUGAUUUCUUUCAGAUUUCAACACAUUUUGGUUGGGCUUGUCUUGCCCGGUCUUAUCAUACUGACUUGCUACUGCAUUAUCAUCUCUAAGCUGUCGCACUCAAAAGGCCAUCAGAAACGCAAAGCUUUGAAGACCACCGUCAUCCUUAUCCUCGCCUUCUUUGCCUGCUGGUUACCUUACUACAUUGGCAUCAGCAUAGAUACCUUUAUCCUGCUUGAAGUCAUCAAGAAUAGCUGUAGCUUUGAGGCAGUGGUGAACAAAUGGAUCUCUGUCACAGAAGCCCUAGCAUUUUUCCACUGUUGCCUGAAUCCCAUCCUUUACGCUUUUCUGGGUGCCAAAUUCAAGACAUCGGCCCAGAAUGCUUUGACCUCCGUCAGCAGAGGAUCAAGCUUGAAAAUCCUUUCCAAAGGCAAACGGGGACACUCUUCAGUCUCAACAGAGUCCGAGUCUUCCAGUUUCCAUUCUAGCUAG